AUGUCAAAAAAGUUAAAGUUUUCUAAUAAGAAAAGUAGAACAAGAUCUGGAUGUGUUACUUGCAGAGAUAGACACAUCAAAUGUGACGAGCAACAACCGGUUUGUAACAAUUGUAUAAAGUCAAACCGUGUAUGUCUUAGUGGUAUCAGGUUGAACUUUAAACAGUACAGAUUUUAUGACCCAAAUGAAAACAACUCAUUACCACAAAUCCGCCCUCAAACUUAUAGAAUAAUAGAUCAGUCUAUAACUAUUGCUUCAUUAUAUGGAGAAUCUGAAAAAUACAAAAACUAUUUCCAUUUGCACCCACCGGAGGAGCUAAUGGAAUCGGAUUUGGAAUUACAAGGUGUUGUUUUUAGCAAAUUUGAUCCAACUUUCCCCCUUAGCCAAACCGGAACUCCUCUAGAGCUGCAACCUCUAGCAGGUGGUUCUUCUAAUUCCAACAACAAUAAUAUGUCGUUGUUGGAAACCUCUAUCACCAACACAAACAUGCUGUUUUUGUCACAAUUGCCUCAGCAGAUUCUACCUCACCAAGUUAAUUCAACAAGCCACUUAAAUAUUCCGAAACCCCAGCAACUACCAAAUGCACAAAAGUUCUCAACAAGACCGCUGCCGCUUUAUGAAUAUCCCUAUUUGUCAAUGGAAUUGGGGCAAAUUCCUCAACAGUUGGCAUCAAUAUCAGAGGAUCCCCAACAAUACAUUGACAUGAUCAAGAAGGAGAAUUUCUUUUGGUUACUUGAUUUGGCAAAUGAUAAAGGCAUUUGGAGAACUUUCCAUGUGCGACGAGAAAACUUUCAUACAAUCCUCAAUUCCUCACAAAGUAAUCAGCCAAAAUAUACUGACAUUGACUUGACCAGUUUUAAUAGCUUGAAUAUCUUUGAGAUUGAUUUUCUCAAUAAUUCGUAUCGAGAUAUCGAUUUGGUGGAAUUGUCCUCCUCCUCCUUAUCUUCCUCCUCCCUCUCCCCCACGGCGACUAGAGCUACAACUACCUCCUCCUCAUCGUUAUCGUUAUCGUUAUCAUCAUCGUUAUCAUCAUCAUCGUCACCAACAUCAUCCUCCUCAAAAAGUGAGUCUCAAAAAUUCAAAGAACUACUUUGGUUUCUCAUAAAAACUGAUUACAUCACAAACCAUCCAUCAAAAGUUCACAAUUUCACCACCAACAAUCCCUACAUAGCUCAACCUCAACCCGUGUUGGAUAAUGAGAUUUUCAAUCUCAACAACGGUAAGGUUUUGGCAAGAUAUUUUCUACUAUAUUUCAACAUCAAACUACUUAACAUAAAUAAUAAUGAGCUAAUACUACUGACAAAUUUGUGUAUUUCAAACUUAUUCAACUUCAUAAACGAAAGCUUCUUAGAACAAGAUAUCAAAGCACAAUGGAACAAACACUUUGAGUGGACCUUAAGGAGUGUUGCUCCAAAGGCAUUGGUAAAGCAUUUCAAUUUAGAUGUUGCAUUCUCUGACAAAGAUGCCACCUAUGAAAAGUAUUUCCCAUUGAAUAAAAUCCCAGCAUUUGUUGGACCAAAGGGAUUAAAGUUGACUGAAGUCAUUGCAAUUUGUAUCUAUCUAAUUAACUUGGCUGAUGCAAAUUCUCCAUUGUUGGGUAAGAACGAUGCUGAAUAUGCCCAAAUCUUGAAAUGGUUGUCAUUCGCCAACACUGAAUUAUUGCCGAAAGAAGCAUCGGUUUUCAAACCAUUGAAUGGUACUGUUCCAUACAACAAGAAACAAGUUGACGAAGGUAAUGCUGCUUUGGUCAAAAUCAAUGCUGUUUUUGAAGAAAGACUAACAAACUAUACUUUCUUGGUUGGUGAACGUAUCACCCUUGCUGAUAUCUUUGCCGCCACUACAUACGUCAGAGGGUUUGAUUUCCUUUAUGGCGAGGAAUGGAGAAAACAGCAUCCAAGCAUAACUAGAUGGUUCAAGACCAUUCUUGCCUCUUCUUAUUUAAAAGAACUCUUGGAUGGUUAUGAAUUCAGAGAAAAACCAUUAGAAUAUGUUCCUCCAAAAAAGGAGAAGAAGAAGGACGCUGCUGCUCCAGCUGCAAAGAAAGAAGCUGCUCCAAAAGCCAAAGCUGCUGAUGCAGCUGAUGAAGCCGGCGACGAGCCAGCCCCAUCAGCCCCAAAACCAAAACAUCCAUUAGAAGCUUUGGGUAAGCCCAAGAACCCAUUGGAUGAAUGGAAGAGAGUAUACUCCAAUGAGGAAACCAGAGAAGUUGCCAUCCCAUGGUUCUGGAAAAACCAAUACGACGCAGAAGAUUGGUCAUUAUGGAAGGUUGACUACAAGUACAAUGAUGAAUUGACAUUGACUUUUAUGUCAAAUAACUUGAUUGGUGGGUUCUUCAACAGAUUAUCUGCUUCAACCAAAUACAUGUUUGGUUGUUUAGUCGUUUAUGGGGAGAACAACAAUAACGGUAUCACAGGUGCUUUCUUGGUCAGAGGUCAAGAUUACGUUCCUGCAUUCGACGUUGCUCCAGAUUGGGAAUCUUACGAAUUUACCAAACUAGACGCAUCAAAACCCGAAGAUAAAGAAUUCAUUGAGAACAUGUUUGCAUGGGACAAACCAGUCGAAGUCAAUGGUGAAAAGAGGGUAAUUAGUGAUGGUAAAGUGUUUAAUUACAAUAAGAAAUCGAAAGGUUGGUUUGGCAAUAACAAGAAGGAUUCUGUGAUAUUGAAAAAUUUGCCAAAGAACCAUAUAAGCCACUACGAUUUGAACCAAUUGACAACUUCGUCAGAUGCAUUAGGAAAAAGAGAAGAAAUCUUGAUCUUGACGCCUAUGUCAAGAUUUGUACCACAAUAUUGGCAAAAUUUGAAUAAAUUGACCUAUGACCAUUCUUUAAUAUCCUUGGGCUUUAUAUUUCCAAGAAAUAACGAUGGAGAUGAUGCUUUAAGGGAUAUGGAAAGCGCACUCAAAGAAACCAAGGCUCAAGGAAAACUAAACUUUAAGAAAAUUACUUUAUUGAGACAAGACACUGAAUCGUUAGAAAGUCAAUCAGAGAAAGAGAGACAUGCUUUUGAUGUGCAGAAAAAGAGAAGAUCAAUGAUGGCGCUCGCUAGAAACUCGCUUGUUUUUACAACCAUUUCACCAAAAACAUCUUGGAUACUCUGGCUAGAUGCAGAUAUCGUUGAAACACCACAAAAUAUUAUUCAAGAUAUGACUGCUCACAAUAAACCUGUAUUAUCUGCCAACGUGUAUCAAAGAUUCUAUGAUGAGGAGUUGAAGAAGGACUCUAUUAGACCAUACGAUUUUAAUAACUGGGCUGAGAGCGAGGAGGGCUUGAAGAUUGCUGAAGGCUUAUCUGAUGAAGAGAUUAUUGUUGAAGGAUAUGCUGAAAUGGCUACUUAUAGACCUUUGAUGGCUCAUCACUAUGAUGCCAAGGGAGAUGUGAAUGCGGAAAUGGCACUAGAUGGUGUUGGAGGAGGUGCUGUCCUAGUCAAGGCAGAUGUGCACCGUGAUGGUGCUAUGUUUCCUUCUUUUCCAUUUUACCAUUUGAUUGAAACUGAGGGUUUUGCCAAAAUGGCAAAGAGACUAGGGUACGAAGUUUUUGGAUUGCCUAAUUAUUUAGUUUACCAUUAUAAUGAAUAA